AAAACCUUAAAAAAAAAAAAACAGAAAAAAAAACCUUGUCUGAAAUCUUGAUUUAUCUUUAAAAAAGACAGAAAAGAAAAAAAAAAUCUUGAUUUCCCUUUGCGAAGUUCCUUCAUCCCAUCGAUUCAGGUGUUGGUCAAACUCGAUAAGAUCCUAAUGUCGGAAACAAAUGAUGGCAACCCGAUGCCCUCAAAGGAGCAAGAGGAAGCUGUAAUCAAGAAAAAGUAUGGAGGGUUGUUACCGAAGAAAAACCCGUUGAUCUCAAAGGACCAUGAUCGAGCGUUUUUUGAUUCGGCUGAUUGGGCACUGGGAAAGCAAGGAUCCCAGAAGAGUAAAGGACCAUUAGAGGCGCUCCGCCCUAAAUUACAGCCAACACCACAACAACAAUCGCGUUCAAGGCGCUCAGCUUACGCGCCAGCAGGUGAAGGAGAAGUGGAUGGUGGUAAUGCUGACAUGGAAGGUAAUGCUGACAUGGAAAAUGAUGAAAAAGAUCUUUCAAAAGAUCAAGAAACAAACCCUUCUCAGUGAUUUGGUUUAUUUCAAGGAUUGAUCUUAUGAUGAAUAACAUUACUGCAUGUGGUACUUUGGGACCAUGGGUCUUGUUCAUUAUUACCAUAAGGCAUAUUGUUGCAUCUUUGAAAGUUUUACUAUUGGGUAAUAAUAAAGUACUUGUGUUACUUGUUUAA